CUUGCCGCUAACGAUUUUCACUCGAAUAUUUGUCAGUAUUAAAUUUGUAGUCGGACGGUGAGCGUCGUGUUGUUAUUAGCGAUCAAGCAAAUAUCAGAUACCAGUGAAGACAACUCAAGUAUAUAAUGGAUGAAAAGGAUAUAUUCUUCUUUGGUAGUAAGAAAACAGAAAAGAGCAAAACCACAUCAGACGCCCAAGCAGAACCACAAAACCCCAGUAAACCGAAAGAGGUUAAGCCGAUAAUUUCACGACCAACUACAGAAGUCGAUUACAGAACCGAUAAUCCACACAUCGGACUUGCUAUCGUACUCAAUCACAAGAAUGUUAAGGGCCAACUAAAACGAAAGGGCACUGAAAAAGACAGAGAUGAUAUAACAGCAUCAUUGGAAAAUUUUGGUUUCGAUGUGCGUGUUUAUAACGAAUUAACGAGUCGAAAAAUAAAAAUUCUACUGAACUCGGUUGCCGCUGAGGAUCACAGCCGUUAUGAUUGUUUCGUCAUGGUUGUUAUGACGCAUGGGGACAAGGGGCGAAUAUGCGCAGCUGAUGAAUUCUAUUCGACCGAAAAGCUUUGGGUGCCAUUACUUGGCACUAAUUGCCCAACUUUAUUGGGAAAACCUAAAAUUUUUUUUAUACAAGCAUGUCGCGGCAAACGCAUAGAUCAACCCGUUAUGAUAACGUCACGCAUGGCUUUUUCCGAUAACGUGAUGCACGCAAGAUUCACUGACCCUGUCACAUCUACUUAUGCCAUACCAUCUACAGCUGAUAUUUUGGUUAUGUAUUCAACAUUUGAAGAUCAUUACUCAUUUCGGAAUACCACAACGGGUUCAUGGUUCAUUCAAAGUCUUUGCAGCGUUUUAAAUGAGGCCGCCGACAGCAUCGAAGCACAAAAUGCCGGCGCGGAGUUCUUGCGUCUACUUACGGCUGUAAAUCGCAAAGUAGCUUAUGAAUAUCAGUCUUACAGUGAUAAUGAGUUGAUUAACGAAAAGAAGGAGAUGCCCAACUUUAUGUCAACACUUACCAAAACGUUCUUUCUGAAGGUGAAGCCUAAAAGUGCAGAAGCCGAUGGAAGAAAUGGAAGUUUACCUGAAUGGGAUAAUGAUGAAGAUGAGGAGGAAAAGUUAGGUCGAAUUUUCCAAACAGACUCACCAUACUACAAGCACUUUGAUGCUCCAGUUCAAUAUGUUUAAGAGCUGGACUCAAUCAAAUGCGAACACAUUGCAUUUUGUAAUUUUUUUUAAUUGUUUAAAUAAAGUAUUUUAUUAAAAAAGCAUUCGA